AUGUCCAAGCUCAACCCGAACGCAGGCGAGUGGAUCCCUCCAACUUUUGCCACGUCCGUUGCCAUCACUUCACCGCGUCAUUCCUUGCCAGUGGCAGUAGCUCCUGUCUAUAGUAAUGUAGAUACAAAGAAAAUGGAAAGUGAGACGUCCGUGCUAGUGAAGAAACCAUUAUUCGAACGUCCAAUGGAAUCAAACGACGAGGUGAUGCAAAGCGAGAACCAUGGAAUAUCCAGUUGUUGUGAAGGAUAUUCACCUAUACAGGACCGGUUUAUCUACUCCAAGAGCUAUUUAUUAGCGUUUCAACCAUUAGGUGAUUACGUGAUACAAGGUAUCCCAGACGUUGUACGGAAUCCAAGACCUUUAAAAAAAAUUGGGGAUCAAGUAAAGGGCCGAUUUGUAUACACGAUCGCAGAACUUUUACAGUUCCAGCCACUGUUUCAAAUGAUGCCGGAAAACUUUACAUGGGCAGAUACCAUUGGUGCAGAUGUUAUCAUGGCUGAAAACAAAAGCAAGAAAUACAAAAAGGACAAGAAUCGUCAGUUACAUGGAAACAUCAUGUCGUAUGACGCGUCUCUAGUACGUUACUUUAAUCCAAGUGAAUAUUCGGCGGCCAUGAAUAUGGGUCUGUAUACGGGUCCACCUACUGAGGCAAGUACAGAAGGCUUUGAUGGCAAGAGUAAUCUCUCUAUUGUCGAACCGGUUAAUCCAGUUGAGGAAGCUAUUAUUGCUAGGCGCCGUAUUGCCACAUUGCUGGACGAUGUCAAACCAAACACUAUUGACUCCAUCCUGGAAUCCUUCAUGAGCAUCAGGGUCAGCUGCAUACAUACGCUUCAAGAAAUCAUUGGCCAAGUGUUUGACCACGCAAUAGCAAACCCAGAGUUGAGCGAUUCUUAUGCUAAAUUGUGUAUGGAAAUGUCAAAGCGGACACCCGAGUUUAAAGACGGCGCAAAGACCAUUAAUUUUCGGCGGAUUCUUCUUACCAAGUGCUAUGAAUCUCUUAUCGAAGAACCUGGGAGUCAACCAUUGCACUUGAUCAACAAGAAAAUGGAAACUAACGCAACCACGCAACAUUCGUGGCGACGGAAGUGUAUGUUGCAAAAUGUGCGCUACAUUGGUGAGCUUUUUCGGCGGCAACUGCUUACCGAAAACAUUAUGCACGUCUGCGUUGCGAUGAUGCUUGACGACGAAAUACAUCCUCAAUCUGAAAUAAUCGAGGCAGCAUGUAGACUUCUGAACUUGGUUGGUGAUUUGCUUGACGGAUCAAGUCCAGCCUCACGUCGAACGAUGGACGAAUAUUUUGAAGUCCUCAUGCGGAUUCAAGAGAAUUACCAGCUCUCCGAUCACGUUAAGAAACUGAUUACCGAGCUGAAGACUGUGCGAGUUAAUGGGUGGUUAAAAACUCGUCAGGAGAAUUCUUCUGCUCCAAGUACGCCUGCGUCUUCCGCAAAGCUAGCUGGAUGUGAAAGCAACGGACGAGCCAACUCAUUAAACUCACCGAUUACAGAAGACAGGUCAUUAGCUGGCACUAGCGCACGAGAAGUCACGAAGACGACUGAAUAA